GCCCCACAAUGCACCGCGGCGGGCAGCCUUUGAAAAAGCGGCGCGGCUCGUUCAAGAUGGCGGAGCUCGACCAGUUGCCUGACGAGAGUGUACAACAUAAUGAUUUGAUGUAUGUGAAAUGAUUGCCUCACCUGGGUUAGUUAACACCCAUCACCACACAUGAUUACAAUUUUUUUCUUAUGGCUCUUCAGCAAAAGCCCUUGUCAGUUUAAAAGAGGGAAGCUUAUCUAACACAUGGAAUGAAAAGUACAGCUCUUUACAAAAAACACCUGUUUGGAAAGGCAGGAAUACGGGCUCCACUGUGGAGAUGCCUUUCAGAAAUUCAAAACGAAGUCGACUCUUUUCUGAUGAAGAUGACAGACAGAUAAAUACAAGGUCACCAAAAAGAAACCAGAGAGUUGCAAUGGUCCCACAGAAAUUUACGGCAACAAUGUCCACACCAGACAAGAAAGCCUCACAGAAGAUUGGUUUCCGAUUACGUAACCUCCUCAAGCUUCCCAAAGCACAUAAAUGGUGCAUAUAUGAAUGGUUCUACUCAAAUAUAGAUAAGCCACUGUUUGAAGGCGAUAAUGACUUCUGUGUGUGUCUGAAGGAAUCCUUUCCGAAUUUAAAAACAAGAAAGUUAACAAGAGUAGAAUGGGGAAAAAUCAGGCGACUUAUGGGAAAACCACGGAGAUGUUCUUCUGCAUUUUUUGAGGAAGAGAGAUCAGCCUUAAAACAGAAACGACAGAAAAUAAGGCUCUUACAACAAAGGAAAGUUGCAGAUGUUUCCCAAUUCAAAGAUCUCCCAGAUGAAAUUCCUUUACCCCUGGUUAUUGGAACCAAAGUUACAGCUCGAUUACGUGGUGUUCACGAUGGUCUCUUCACUGGACAAAUAGAUGCUGUGGAUACUUUUAAUGCUACUUACAGAGUAACUUUUGAUAGGGCAGGGCUUGGAACCCAUACCAUUCCUGACUAUGAAGUUCUUAGUAACGAGCCUCACGAGACGAUGCCGAUCGCUGCCUUUGGACAGAAACAGCGGCCUUCCCGGUUCUUUCCGACUCCACCCCGGUUACAUUAUACUCCUCCUCUCCACUCACCCAUUACGGAUAAUGAUCCUUUACUAGGACAGUCGCCUUGGAGAAGUAAGAUUUCUGGCUCUGACACUGAAACUUUAGGUGGUUUUCCAGUAGAAUUCCUUAUCCAAGUGACCAAAUUGUCGAAAAUUCUCAUGAUUAAAAAGGAACAUAUAAAAAAAUUAAGGGAAAUGAACACAGAAGCAGAAAAAUUGAAAUCCUAUUCCAUGCCCAUCGGCAUCGAGUUUCAGCGGAGAUAUGCAACCAUCGUUCUGGAGCUUGAGCAGCUCAAUAAGGACCUCAACAAAGUUUUGCAUAAGGUUCAGCAGUACUGCUAUGAGCUCGCUCCAGACCAGGGCCUACAGCCUGCAGACCAGCCCACGGAUAUGAGGCGGAGGUGUGAGGAGGAAGCGCAGGAGAUCGUCCGGCAUGCCAACUCCUCCACCGGGCAGCCCUGUGUUGAGAAUGAAAAUCUGACAGACUUAAUCUCCAGGCUCACUGCUAUUUUAUUACAAAUUAAGUGUCUGGCAGAAGGAGGAGACCUGAAUUCCUUUGAGUUCAAAUCCCUUACAGAUUCAUUAAAUGAUAUCAAGAGUACGAUAGAUGCUUCCAAUAUCAGUUGCUUUCAGAAUAAUGUCGAAAUCCAUGUUGCACACAUUCAGAGUGGCCUGAGCCAGAUGGGAAACCUGCACGCCUUUGCCGCCAAUGACACCAACAGGGACUGAGGAGCAGUCUUCCCUGUUCCAGCCGCACAGGACACUGCGGUCCCUUCCCCUCGGCUUCCAACACCAAAUGACCCACGUGCUGGAAAACAAGGGAACUGUGCAUCUCCAGCGAAGGCACUGGAACGUACCGUCGUGCUUCUUGAACCAGCACUGCUGACCAGCAUUCUAUUUAUUUUUCUCCUUAUUAUUCAGCUGCAGUAGCAUCACUUAUGUUACACGUUUAUCGGCAAGGAUUUUUCAACCGAAACUGUCUGAACAAAAGACGCUGUCACGGAAGAGUGUGCUGACCCUUUUUUCAACGUGCAUGAAUUCCGCCAACACGCGCAGACAGCUGCUCCCCCCGGCAGGCGCGAGCAGACACAGGCCUCCUGCUUGGAACUGCGACCGG